AUGGCUGGGGGAGGCUCCGGUAGAGUCCCAACCGGUUUCGCGGCGGAAACAUACAUUAGCGAUCAUACAUUCCGACAAGGUCAACGCUCGAUCGAAAGCGGAGAGGGAUCCAAGAAAAGAAAGCGCGAAGCCAAGGGCGACUCAAGCAUCGUGAGUGGAGCUGGCGCAUACAAAGGACCCUGGGCAAAAUACGAAGAACAGAGGCCAGAUGCCGCCUCGGACGAUGAGUUUGGGUCAGAUGUGGAAGUGGAAAUAGUGUACGAGGAAGACGAGAUUGUCGACAACUCUGCGGCCGCGCCCAAGAAGCUCGCUGGCACAGACUACCGAGAUACUGAGGCUGAGGGCGAGACGAGUGAGUUUGUUGGCAGCCAGCAAUACGACUACCAAGGACGGACCUACAUGCACGUACCUACGGACCUCGAUAUCAAGCUCACUGGCGACUAUGAGCCAAAGAACUUCAUACCAAAGAAGCUUAUCCACACCUACAAAUACCACACAAAGUCGAUUACCCAAGUCCGCUUCAUACCUGACAGCGGUCACCUCCUCCUCUCUGCUUCGGCCGACUCGAAGAUCGCGCUAUGGGACGUGUAUCACCAACGCGAGCUGCUGCGAACAUAUUCCGGGCAUACGAAGUCGGUUGUCGACGUUGAUUUCAAUCCUAGCGGCACGCAAUUCGUGUCCGCUAGCUAUGACCGCUACAUGAAGAUAUGGGACACAGAGACUGGCAAGUGUCUGAACAAAUUUACAACUGGAAAGACACCGCACGUCGUGCGCAUCAAUCCAAGCAUGCCACAUGAGUUCUUGGCUGGUAUGAGCGAUAAGAAGAUCAUGCAGUACGACACAAGAAGUGGAGAGAUGGUGCAAGAAUACGACCACCAUCUGGGGCCUGUCAAUACAAUCACCUUCUGCGAUGAGAACCGCCGUUUCAUCACGACAUCCGACGACAAGUCCCUCCGCGCAUGGGAAUACGGUAUCCCUGUCCCUAUCAAGUUCAUUGCUGAACCGUACAUGUUCUCCAUGGUCCGCUCCUCACCCCACCCGUCUGGCAAAUACGUUGCCUUCCAGUCGUCAGAUAAUCAGAUUACGGUGUACAGUUCGACAGACCGCUUCAGACAGAAUCGGAAGAAGAGCUACAGAGGGCACAACGUGGCUGGAUAUGCACCCGACGUGGCAAUCAGUCCCGACGGCCAAUUCAUCAGCUCUGGUGACAGCGGGGGUUUCAUUUGUUUCUGGGAUUGGAAGACGUGUAAAAUGUACCACAAGAUUCCAGCCAGCGAUGCGCCAGUGCUCGCAGUACAGUGGCAUCCAAGGGAGACAUCGAAGGUCGUGGCUGGAGACCUCAAUGGUGCGCUGAAAUUGUAUGAUUAA